AAAAUAUGCAAGCACCAAGCUUAACAAAAUUGCCUAGUCAAUAGAAAGUACCUAAGUAUAGACCUGUAAGAUUGUAAAAUAAAUUUAGUCCAUCAAUAUAGACAAUUUGAUUGCCAUUUGUACAGGGAAACUCAAGAAUUGUCCAAAUCACAAGAAAGCUCUUUAUAUUCGUGCAUCAGCUUAUAUUAAGAAAGGAGAGUAUUAAACAGCUAUUUAAGAUUGCAAUAAGCUUCUUGAAACAGAUGUAGAUAACGUAGGCGGAUAUUAUUUGAGAGGUAUUAAAAUUUGAAAAUGAAGGAUGUGCAAAUGAAAAAUUGGGUUAAAUAGAUUUAGCUAUUGAAGAUUUUUCAAAAGUGCUUUCAUUAGAUGAAAAUCAUGUUAAUGCAGCAUUUGCUCGUGCUUCUUGUUUAAAUUUGAAAGGAGAUUUUGCUGGAGCAAUUGAAGAUUAUACAAGAGCUUUAGAAAAAGAUAAUGCUAAAUCUCUAAAUCUAUCUAAUUCUAUCAAUAAGAGGUCUUUACUUAGGAAUAGUUCUAUGAAGAAGGAUGAACCAUAUCCUAAGACUGAUGCAUUUUAAUUUACUACUAAAAAAAAUAAGUAUUAAUAACCUGAAGAAGAUGAUUUGAUGAAUCCCCAGAAUGACGAGGAAUAUUUAUAAAAUGACCAAUCAUAAAUACAAAAUUAACCUUAAUAGACUAGCUUUAUGAGUUAGAAUCCUCUUUAUACUAGUAUUGAUGCAAAUGAAUUGAAUAUACAAAGACCAUCUCAAAUAAUUGAUAAAGAGAUAUCAUAACCUCUCUAAUAAUAAUUAAUAUCAAUGAUACCAGAGAAUAUUAAAAAUGAUAAUAAGAAAAUCUCUGAUUGGUUUCAUUAAUAAGGUUUUGAUUCUAGAAAAAAAGAAGAUUUUAUAAAAGCAAUAGAAUUUUAUACUAUGGCUUUAAUGUUUAAUCCAAAUCAUUUUAAAUCGAUAUUUAAUAGAGGUAUAACUUGAAUUAAUUCUUUGAUUAGGCUUUGCUUUUGAUAAACUAAGAAUGUAUAAUGAUGCUAUUAGUGACUAUACUAAGGCUAUUGAAAUGGAUUCAAAAAAUGCUUAUGCAUAUUAUAAUAGAGGAAUUUCUUAUGAUAAAAAAGGCGAUUACAAUUUAGCUAUAAAAGAUUUUGCAAAAUCAAUAGAAAUUGAUCCUUCAAAAGCAGAUUUUUAUCACAAUAAAGGAUUUGCAAUGAAGAAAAAGAACUUAGUAAAAGAAGCAAUUCUAGAAUUUAAUGAAUGUAUUCGUCUGGAUAAAAAUCAUUUCAAAGCAUAUUAUAAUAGAGCAAAUUGUUAUGAAAAGUUAGGAGAUUUUGAUAAAGCAUAAUAAGAUUAUUUGAUAGCUAAUAAUGUUGUUCCAAAUAAUCCAAAUACUUUAACUCAUAUUGGUAUAUUAAUGGAUAGACAAUAAAAAUUAGAAGAUGCACUUAAAUACUUUAAUUCGUAAUCAAUUUAAUUUCAUUCUUAGUUCUCUAAAGAUAGAUUAGAAUUAUGCCCCUGCAUAUAAUGGAAGAGGGUUAGUUUUUGAUAAAAUAGGAGAGUUUGAAAAAGCUUGUUAAGAUUUUAAUAAGGCAAUAGAAAUUGAACCUUAGAAUCCUGUUUAUAUUCAUAAUAGAGGAUGUUGUAAGAGAAGCAUGAAUAAGUUUGAAGAGGCUUUGGAAGAUUUUAAGAAAGCUUUAUCUUUGGAUUCAAAGAACCCUAUUAUAUAUUCAAAUAUGGGGUUAGUUUUGAGAAAAAUGGAAGACUAUGAAACAGCUGUAUAUUGUUAUUCACAAGAAUUAAUUUACUCUUAAGAGAAUACUAGAACUUUAAAUAACAGAGGAUACUGUUUGGCCAAGUUGAGUUAGUUUGAUGAAGCCAUAGCUGAUUAUACUAAAGCUAUAAAAUUAGAUCCUGUUAAUAUUCAUGCAAUUUAUAACAGGGGAAUUUGUAAUGAGAGGAUUGGUGAAUUUCGUAAAGUAGAAAAUAUUUAUAUAUAUAGGCUAUAGAGGAUUUUACUUAAGUAAUUCAUUUAUAGAACGAUUAAGGAGCUAAUGCUUACUUCAACAGAGGGUGUUGCUAUGAUAAGUAAUAUUGAUCUAAGUAUACUAGUAUUGGAGAAAUGGAUCUGGCUAUAGCUGAUUAUUCCAAAGCCCUUGAAAUUGAUAAUAAAACUAGUAAAGUCUCAUGA